AUGACAUCGGAGGGAAAUACACUGCAGAAGCGAUCUGGCCGCAGAGUAACGCACUCGCGCGGCGGCUGUCUCACAUGCAAAAGUCGCAAACUACGCUGCCCUGAGAAUAAACCGAUUUGCGAUCGCUGCUACAAAGACAAUCGGGUUUGCAACUAUGGUAUCCAACUUCGAUGGGAAGACGACGCCCGCAAGCGAGGAAUCAAGCACGGCCGCACGACUCGGGCUGAUCGCGCCAGCCUGUCGACCUCAAAAUCCUCGGUCUGGAUAAGCUUGCCCAAAGGCCAGGGUGGACGACAUUUUCUCAACACAUUCACUUCCGAUGUCGAGGAUAUAGUCGUUCCGGUACUAGAGGGGCUCGAUUUUGACCAUGGGGACUCCCUUUGGAAGAUCGAUGAUGCGUUGUAUACUUCUCCCACCAUAGCACCGACCCUGUUUUUGUCCAAGCAUUCAAAUCUCAGAAUGGAUCCGGUUCUUUUUGAUUACUAUGACAAAUCCGUCUCCAACGCCAUCCCCCUGCUCGAUUCUUCCUCGAACUUCUUCCGUCAUAUGAUACUUCCUCUAGCUCUCUCGGAUGAAACAGUGAUGCACAUGGUGCUUGCUAUUGGUGCUCUUGCACUAGCUGCAAAGGGUCAACAGCAACUUUACCCUACGGCGCUGCGGCAUAAACAACGCAGCAUGCAACUUCUACGAAAGCAAAUAUCGACGGAUGCUUUCGCUUCUGCCACGGAUGCAAACGUGAUUGUCAUUCUGAUGCUCUGUAUAUUUGAGACGUCAGACAACUGUCAGAUCUCAUGGACAGCCCAUCUGAGUGCUGCCAUUGACCUUAUGCGCCUAGCGUCUUCUCGAUAUUCUGACCUACCAGGGAUCAGCCCACAGGUCGGCGAGUUCGUCUCCCGAUUCUUCCUCGUCAAGGAUGCUUUGGGCCGCACGGCAUGUGGCAAGGUUGCCAAGUUCAAGGACGAGUUGCCACCAGUAGAUACCAGCGAGAUUGACGUGUCGAUCGGGUGCUCAUACGGGUUGAUUGAUAUACUGUCGAGGAUAACCGAUUUGGCAAGGGAUCUGCGUUACUCUCUUACUACCAGAGCUGCAUCACACAUGCAAGUCUUGGAAAUUGAAGAUCAACUUUCCUCACUUACCCAAAAUCUCCCGCAACACAUACUACAGUCCCCAUCUUCUUCGCUUUCUACUGCAGACCUCAACCAAGUGACAAUCCUGCAUCACAGCUCCCUUCUAAUGCACACCGCUGCGACACUCUACCUCCAAGCCACCCUCCACUCAAUCAAUCCAUACUCCACGACAGCACAAUCCCUCAUCGCGCAAAUAAAAGCACAUACCCGACCGCUCUCUCCAACCCAUCUGCGCUCCGCACAUCUCUGGCCACUCUUCGUCGGCGCCGUCUUCUCAACUGGUGCUGACGAAGAGCGAGUCUGGUUUUUGAACCAGUUUGAUAUACUAGAGAAAGGAGAACGGGCACUGGUUGCGAGAGGAGCGGUUGGCCGCGUCAAAAUGAUUGUGGAGCGCGUGUGGAAGAGGAGAGAUCUCGAUGGUAGUGGUGGUGGUCAUCGUGAGAACGAGGAGAAUGGUGCGAUGGAUUGGGAACGAUAUGUGCAGCCGUUGAGUGACGGGUUGUGUUUGGGUUGA